GUGAUAGCAGUCUAUUCCCAGGCUGCAAAUGACAGCGCGUAAGACCAAUUUAGCAGAUUUAUAACACCACAUUGAAGAGUUUAAUCGUUUUUUGGGCUUAUAUACAUAUAAAUCAAGCCAUUUCUUCAAUAUAACAUGGUAAAAUUAUUUAAAGUUAUUUUACAAACAAUAUAAUAAUUGUUCAAUAAUUCAGACUAAAUUAAAAGAUUUUUUUGUUUUAUACCACACAAGGCCAAUAUUGAUAUUGUUGAUGUUGUUCCCUUGUCCAUACUGUCUGUGUUUAUGUCGCUGCUGUCACACCACAAUCGCGCGCAAAUGAACAAAAUCUAAACAUACAGAACAUCUAACGAGUUAAAUUGCGUGCGUUAUUGCGAUAAUCUAGUGGUUUCUAGCCGUGAUUUUAUCAAAAAUAGGAUGGACCAAUCAUUCUCGAAGCGUAUUCGGCUCAACUCAUAUUUGUAUCGUACCCGUAACCGUAUAGUGGAGCAAGACCAGCUAGAAGAAAAUAAUACCAGUGAAAGAGAAAAUGAUAAUGCACAUGCGCCAGAUGUUGGUGCUACAUCUUCACACGACAGUUUUCUUGUGGAACAUGAUUAUGUUGAAGAUGAUCAUGAAACUACUGCAUACGCUGAGGAAGAAGAGGCUGUAAUCGAUUAUCUCGAAAGCUCUGACGAGGAACAAGAAACAUCAAACGAACCAUUCUCCGUAAAAGAAGCUUUGCAAACGUGGGCGGUGUCUACAAAUCAAACAUAUGAUUCCAUCGAACAAGUCAUGGGUAUAAUCGGUAAAGUAAGUUCUUGCAAAUUGCCAAAAGAUGCUAGAACUUUGCUAAAAAUCAACCGCAAUCGCUCUUCGGAAAUUAUUACCGUGCAAUGUAGACAGUAUUGGUAUCGUGGGAUUCAAAAUUGCUUCACCAACAAGUUAAGCGAUGUAAACUUUGAAGCUGAUAAAACAAUUUUACUGAACGUGUCAAUAGACGGAUUGCCGAUUGCCAAAAGCAACAAUCUACAAUUUUGGCCUAUUCUAUUUAACAUUCAUGGAAUGCCGGAAAUACCAGUCAUGCCAAUUUCAAUCUAUUGUGGAGCAAUUUCUCCGACCUUUUGUAGAUGAGGUUAAUUUUCUCACAAAAAAUGGUGUG